UGCGGAGAUUCCACCUGUUUAGACUCCUGCGCGAAAAUUAGUUGCGUGGAUUUUUCUUGCGAGGGCCCACAGAUAUAAAACCAGACCGCGUCCUGGUGAAUAUUUUACGCUGUGUUGUUAGGUACACAUUUGGUGAUAGUUUUGCAUUGUAAACAAACAUUUAUAACGCACCUACGUGUGGUAACUAACACAAGUUUGGGGGUUUGAGAAUUAGAGUGUAAUUGGUCAAUAAAGAGUUAAGAACAGCUAUCUGAUGGGAGUUAUUGUUAAAGCAUUAAUAUGGAAGAAAUACCAGGAUAUCACAUUGGCGAUCCUGCCAAAUCGGAUGUUCGGUUCAGCGACGUUUCGCUUGGGAGGAUUUUAUCAGGUGAGUUGGAUUUACAUAUUGAAUAAUAUUGAAAAACAAAAAGCUGCAGCAUGGUAAAAAAAAAAAGUUCACUAAGAAGAAGACAUCCGCAAUGAUGACUUCCGGUUGCCAGAUAGACGGAUUGUGCUUGAACUAAGUUUGCAAAAAAAAAAAACAAUAAUGCUUGCGCUGAGUUAAGCUCAAAGCCAAGUAAAAAAAAAAAAAAAAAACUUGCGCUGAGUUAAGCUCAAAGCCAGGUUAAAAAAAAAAAAUUGCGCUGAGUUGAGCUCAAAGCCAAUAUGACAAAAACAAAUUCCUUGUACUGGGUUUAGCCCUAAGUCGAGUGAGAGUGAAAUGUGUUGAGUGGGAUGCAAAGUCAAAAAAAAAAAACACGAUCUUGCGCUGAGUUUAGCUCAAAGCCAAGUUAAAACAAGCAAAUAAAAAAAAAAAAAGAUAAAUCUUGCGCUGAGUAAAGCUCAAAGCCAAGUAUAUAAAAAAGCGAAAUUAUGAAACUGAGCAAGAUAUGCGCUGAGUAUAGCUCAAAGCCAAGUAAACCAUUUCUAGAAACAAUCAACGAACGUACUAGCUAAUUGAAAACAGAAAAAUAAAUAAAUAAAGCUAAUUGUUAAGCAAUAAGUUGAGUAGAGCUCCAACAUAAAAAAAUAAUAAUAAAUAAAAUAAUAAUAACGAUAAUAAUAAUUGAUUAUUUUGCAUGCAUACCGGCAACACUGGUUAUGUUGACAAUGCAGAUAAGGGACAAGUGAAAAUGAAACCAGCGCCAAUGCGUGAACGAAAACAAAAAGAGAAAAGGAAGGUAGAUUUAUGUCGCUAAAUAGAAACAACAGAGUGAAAGACACAGCGAUAUUUUGCAUUGAGUUUCGGUUGGCAGUCGGUAAUGCCACAUCAUUUUCAAGGAAAAAAAAAAUAACGGCACAAGUGUUCACAUAGGCAGCGAAGAAGUUGUGAUUUUUUUUUUUGCUGGAUUUUUGCGGUGGGAUAGUUUUUCCUUGAGUUUUUCAAGAAAUGAGUGGUCCGUGGCAGGUGACCGAAAUUUCGUCAAGCGAUGACUCUGGUGACGAGACUAGCGUCAUUCCGUCGAAGAGACCGAAAUAUGAUGCCAGGGUGGAAAAUGCAGCGGAGUCAUCAUCGGAGAAGAAGGAAAAAACGAAGACCGAAUGGCUAUCCGGCUCAUGGCCACUGAAGCCGUUCGACGGAUCGCUCCCUACAAACAAAAGAAAGGCGGAAUGGGUGAGAUACCGUGAUCAGUUCGAGCGCAUUGUCUCGUGUAAGGCGCCUGUAAGUGGAGCCACGAAAUUGACUGGAUUGAAAAUUUUCGCUGGCGAUUACUUGCUAAGCAUAAUCGAGAUGCAGGAAAAGACGGUUACGGAUGCGUCGGCCUGUAUUUAUGCAGCUACGAUUUCGGCUCUUGAUAAGUUCUUCAGUCAAACAUGCGAUGCAGCUAAAGAGCGCAUGAAGUUCAGAGAUAUGCGUAUGAAAGCCGUGGAAACGUUUUCAGAUUUUGUUGUACGAUUGGAGAACCAAGCUCGAUUCUGCGAUUUCAGCCGUGAGCAAAGAGAGGAGGAAUUUGUACAGGCGCUCCUUCGACGAUCUGUCCCUAGUAUUUCCGGAAAGCUGUACGAGAUGUCGGACUUCCUUGGAAAUGAUUUGGAGCGUAUUAUCAAUCACGGAAAACACCUGGAUUACAUAAGGGCAGAAGCGGAAGAAGCGAGGACACCAUUCGACGAGGGACCGCAAAGCAAUGUGCCGGAGCGUGAUUCAUAUGCCGCUGACGUCAAAACCGUCAAUGCAAUUCAGAAAUGGAAACAGGUCUCGCGGAAGGAUGAGUAUGACCGUCGUAAGCACGUCGACCGGCGAAGCGAUACAGGUGAUUCCGAUAGGCGUAAACGUACUUGGGAUUCCAGGCAAUUAAACCGGAGUUGCCAGAAGUGUGGCAAAGUCCAUGGCCCGAGAGAAUGCAAAGCUUUUCGUGCGAAGUGUUAUAACUGCGGCAAAUUGAAUCAUUUCGCGGAGUUUUGUUUUUCCUCGAGGCAGGGAACAACAAAUGCGCGACGUCAUCGAAACUCGGGCACCAGUGACGAUUUUAAAACCGAAGCUGGAAUUAUUAAUCAGCUGAUCACAGGGGAGACAAAGACUAUGUCAGGACUAGAUGAUCAAAGAUUUGUCUACUGUACCAUUGGGACCCAGCGCAUCAAGUUCUUAGUGGACUCAGGUGCCACUGUUAAUACAGUUACAUGCGAUGACUGGAACCUAAUCAGACAGAAUUGCCGAACAGUGAUACAGGACAUCGUGGUGCAUCCAGAAGAGAUUCUCAAAAGUUAUGCGAAUCACAAUCCCUUGGAAGUGGAAUGUUCAUUUUGUGCGUAUGUUGGUGUUUUGAAUAGUGUUCAACCGACGCACAAGGCAAAAUUUUUUGUCGUGAAGGGUACGCAGUUAUCGCUUCUAGGAUAUGAAUCGGCGGUAUCCCUAAACCUUAUACGCAUAGGACACGACUUGAGCAAACAAAGGUAG